AGAAUGUGCACAGAACAGUGGAAAAAGUUAUAGGUUAGGGUGGAAGAAUUUCUGGGUUGAUUUGUUUAGAAAAGUUGCACGUGUGAAACACGAAAUUUUAUAUCAACAAUGGGAAAGGCGAAAAAAAUCAAGGUUUCGAAGGAGUCGAGACCAGUGAAGAUUGGUCUCGCCGAGCAGAUCGAAGGGGGUAGAUUAGCCAAAUCGAAAGAUCGGAAAAAAAUAAGAUUACGAAAUGAUGACGACGAAGAGUUCGUCGAUGCGAAUCUAUCGCAAAAAAUCCUUUCUCAAGCGAGAAAGCAGCAGUUAGAAAUUGAAGAAGAGAAUGGGAUCGAGGGAUCUUUUAAGAAGAAACCGGUGACGAAAUUGGGUCCGGAUUUGAGUGAUGGGGAAGAAUCUCCGAGCGACGAAGAGGACGUAGCAGGAAACGAGAAUUAUGAAAAUAUAGAAAUUGAUGAAGAGGAUGAGAGAGCCCUACAAAUGUUCAUGGACAGAGAUAGAGCACCGAUGAGAACACUUGCAGACAUAAUAAUGGAAAAACUGGAGGAGAAGAAAACGGAAAUUCAAACCCAAUUCUCAGAUGCUGGUACAACACAAAUGCAAGAUUUAGAUCCAAGAGUAAAAGCCAUGUACGAAGGAGUACGUGAUGUUUUGGCCAAAUAUAGAAGCGGCAAACUUCCGAAAGCUUUCAAAAUUGUACCAAGUUUGAAAAAUUGGGAACAAAUUUUAUACAUAACAGAUCCACCGAAGUGGUCUGCAGCAGCGAUGUAUCAGGCAACCAGAAUUUUUGCUUCUAAUCUAAAAGAGAAAAUGGCUCAAAGAUUUUACAAUCUUGUACUUUUGCCAAGAAUACGCGACGAUCUUGCAGAAUACAAACGACUCAAUUUUCAUCUUUAUCAAGCUCUGAGGAAAUCAUUGUUCAAACCAGGUGGUUUCAUGAAAGGAAUUCUACUCCCCCUCCUAGAAUCUGGCACUUGCACCCUCCGUGAGGCUGUCAUUGUCGGCUCGGUUGUUGCCAAAAAUUCUAUACCCAUCUUACACUCCUCUGCAGCUAUUCUCAAAAUCGCUGAGAUGGAUUAUACCGGAGCAAAUAGCAUUUUUCUCAGAAUAUUUUUUGACAAAAAAUAUGCUCUCCCUUACAGAGUCGUCGAUGGUGUCGUCUUCCAUUAUCUUAAAUUCGAGAGAGAAAAGAGGCAGCUGCCAGUUUUAUGGCAUCAGUCUCUUCUGACGUUCGUUCAACGUUACAAGAGCGACAUAAGCUCCGAGCAGAGAGAAGCUCUUCUAGAAUUAUUGAAGAAGCAACCUCAUCCGACAAUCACUCCGGAAAUACGAAGAGAACUGCAGCACGCGAAGUGCCGAGACGCCGAAAUUAGUGAGGUCAUUCAAGAAGAACCCAUGAUGUUGUAAUUUUUUUUUGUUUACGUUGUAUGUAUAUAUUUUACAUUAAAAUCUAUGAUAACGAG